AUUAUGCAUACAGUCUGUUUCUGUGUUUUUAAAUCACAUGAACGCCUCAGUCGAAUCAACGUGCUUAUACUUAUUUAACUUGAUAAUUGUAAAAGCGUGGUAUAGUGAUUUAUCAGUUCGCAUUUUAAAAUUGUAUUCUCAUAUUCAAUGUAUAUGUGUAAAUUAUAAACAUUGGCAGUGCAAGUUACUAGCUAAAAGACAAUAAAAAACUAUAGUGAAAAAAACUCGUUGGUAAAAUUUUUAUUUAUAGGUUAUCUUAACCCGUCAAUUGCAUUAUUUUAUGAUGGCAGAAUCUAGUGGGAAUGCUAUUCCAAUCCAAAAUUAUCAGGAAGAUGUUGUAGUUGUUCCAAUCGAUCUUCAUCAACGUCAUAAUUCUCAAGUAAGUCAGAUUUUUGAUCCAGACAAGGCAUCAAAAAUUGUACAAUCGCAGCUAAACAAUCACAAAGUUAAAAAAAAGCGAGCUGAGUAUAUGCGAGAGUACAGAGCUCGGAAGAAAAUUCGCACUCAAUCCACUAGUGAUACUCCUAGUGAUACUCCUUCAAUUGUCAUAAAAAAAAUAGAUGAUAUUUUACAAGCUGAUGAUAAUUUAAAUAAGUCAUUUGAAUUUGUUGGAUUAACUUAUGAAGACAUCAACACGACUCGAAGAGAAAACAAUGCUGAGUAUAUGCGAGAGUACAGAGCCCGGAAAAAAAUUCUCAUGCAGUUAAGUAAUCACACUCCUAUAGUUGCCCAUCAAGAAGAUGAUGUUUUACAAGCUGAUGGUACUUUUAAUAAUCCGUUUGAAUUUGUCGCAUUACCUUGUCGAAAAACCAAAGUGACCCGUAGAAAAUCAACAGCUGCGUAUAUGCGAGAGUACAGAGCCCGGAAAAAAAUUCGCGAUCAAAUAACUACUGAUAAUCCUUUGGAUAUCCAUCAUCAAGAAGGUGAUAUUUUACAAGCUGAUAAUAAUUUAAAUAAUCCGAUUGAAGGUGUCGGAUUGCCUUGUCAAGACACUAACGCAACACGUAAAAGUACUAGCAAACUAGCUGUGUAUAUGCGACAGUACAGAGCCAAAAGAAAAAUUCGCAAUCAAUCAAUUAGUGAUCCUUUGGUUAUCCCUCAACAAAAAGAUGAUAUUUUACAAGCUGGUGAUGAUUUAAAUAAUGUACAUAAAUUUGUUGAAUUACCUAAGCCCAACUUCAACGCGACACCUAAGAAAACGCGAACUGAGUAUAUAAGAGGGUACAGAGCCCGGAAAAAAAUUUGCAUUCAAUCAACUAGUGUUACUUCUUCAGUUGUCCAUAAUCAAGAAGAUGAUAUUAGCGUUCAAACUUGUGAUGAUUCAAGUAAUGUGCAUAAAUUAGUCGAAUUAUCUGACCAAGAUAUCAACGCAAUAUGUCAGAAAAGAGCAACUGAGCCUAUGCGAGCGCACAGUUCCGUUAAAUUAGAGCCAGUUCAAGAAUCACAAAAUCAAGUACCAUACCUUGACAAAAGUGAAAAUACUACUCUGUUAUUGUACAGCGAUUUUCACCGUCAUCAGCUUGCUCAUGAAGAAAUAAAAAUGGAAUUUGAGGAAAAUCCAUUUGGUGGCAUUUGUUCAGUUUGUGAGAAACUAUGGUUUAAAUAUGAUUUACAACCUCCAUCUUCCGAACAUGAAGAUAUUUUGAAAAUUAUAGUUCCACAUCUUGAUAAAGAUAAUAUUUUAAUAUGUAAAACAUGUAGACAAUCUUUGAACAAGAAAAAUAUUCAAACCAUGGCUGUUUAUAACGGAUUCAAAUUUCCACGGAAACCUAAACAUUUACCCUCGUUAAACUUAGUAUCAGAAAGAUUGAUUUCUCCGCGAAUUCCAUUUAUGGAAAUAAAACGACUGAAACACGUUAAUGGUCAAUAUGUUAUUCGUGGCCAAGUAAUUAAUGUUCCAGAUUGUAUCUACACGAUGGUCAGUAGUCUCCUUAGAAACAUUGCUGAUGAUCACUGCAUCAAUGUGGAUGUUAAACGAAAAAAAAUUUAUAAGUCGAGUUGUUUGCACGGUAUGAUCAACAAAGGUACCAUAAAACUUUGGUUGCAGUUUUCAGUAAAAUCUCCACGUUAUAUUACGUAUUAUAUAAAAAUUGAUCAGUUUUUUUUCGAUAGUAAUAGCCUCAAACCAAAAGCUUAUAGCUAAUGCUGUAGAUUGAAAAGAUAGAUCAAUGCACAAUAAAAUAUUUUUAAACUAUA